AUGAUUUGCAAUAAAAAUCAGCUUUUAGGUGGUUUAUUGGGUUACGAUAAGGAGCAUAAUGUGAUUUCGCUGCAGACUAUCGGUCGACUUGAUUUGCGCGGAUUAGUGCCGUGCAUGCGCAAUUCCGACCUCUAUGUUUUGAGAAUUGCCGAAAGUGAAGGCGUUAUGAACUUGAUAAGGCAUAUUUUCGCGGAAAAUGAGAAAAUUUUGGAUCGACAACUAGGCACCACUGUCAUCUUUGACCUUGAAGGAAUAAGUAUGGAUAUGUUAUGGAUGCCAGGAGUGAAAGUGGUCACUACUAUGCUCGCGCAGUUACAGGAGAUGUUUCCGGAUGUCAUUCGCAAGCUGUUUAUUAUCAAUGCGCCGUCCUUCUUUCAUGUGCUUUGGUCCAUAGUAGCUCCGUGUCUCGCAAAACAGACUCAGCAGAAAAUACGCAUACUUGGAGCGGACUGGAAAGAAAUUUUGAAAGAAUACAUCGAUGAGGAAGUUCUGUAUGAAAAUUGGGGUGGUACUCGCAAUGCAGACACUCCUUUUGGACAUCUUCGUAUGGGUGGCAAGGUCCCGGAAGAGCUUCGGUAA